CGUCGUGUAACAACACUCCAACCACGCCGAUAUCGAGGCCGUCCAAUUGCUUUUUUCGAGCGCUGCUGCACGCUGCACACGACACUACACCGCUUGCGAUAUAUCGCACAAGAUACAACCUUGCUGUUCUGACUGUUGUUCGGUCCUUAUACUCUACCUACUAUCCCUCAACUGGAUUCCCCGCUUUGCCAUUCAUUACGGAUCAGGAACGAUACUCGAGUCAACAUGUGGAUCCUUGACUUCGCCUCGAAGGUCGGCUUUUUCAUUUCGCACGUCCUCACCUUCUUUCUGGUCCUCGAAGUGGUGAGACUAGUUUGCACAGACGCAAACAAGCGGGAAGCCGAGCGCUUGCUGGACGCUUACACUCAAGGCCGAGAGCAGGAGAAGAGGCAGGAGAAGAGUUGCAAGCUCUCAGUAGAAGAGCUGGAGUAUGAGUUGGAGACCUACACUGUUGUGAACGAGCAGGCACAACCACCGCAAACACCGCAUCGCCGCGCACAUAGAGCAGUGCUGCAUAGCACGCCCACUUCCGAGAGGAUGCUUGUCAGCGAGCAGAAGGAGAAGAGGAAACGCUCACAAACACCCACGCGCCGACUCCGCAAGCGAAGCGAUACAUUGAACUCGACGAGCACCUCUGACUCUCGUCAGUCAUCAAGGUCGAAGAGUUCAUCAGGAACGUCGGAGUCGAGGCGUUCUUCAAGGUCGCAUCGUGAUAGCUCGCCUGAGUCGAGUACAUCAAAGUCAUCCAGUCGACAUACUAGCCCAGGGUUCAGGAGGAGUAAAGAUGCUCAGGGUGCUUCGUUGUCGUUGCAUCGGUUGCUGAAGCAGAAGGUGUGAAAGCGAAGAUGUAGGAAGAGCAGCGGGAAUAUACAUAGACGCAGGUGCCCUGGCGGCGACUAAACGGCCUUACGAUAUUACGAACUAGAGCAGCUUCGUCAGCGAAGCAGCUGUUAGAUAUACGAUAUGACCAUAUCAGAAUGCUCGAGGAGUCCCGAGCGAAAGACGAAAGGAUCAGCUCGGCGUCUGGU